AGCCUUGGUUUCCUACAAUCACGCGUGCGUGAUUGCGCGGUGCGCGAUGCGUGAUGCGUGAUCGCGCAAAAGUUGAAACCACGAAAAACUAUGUAAGUGUUUAUUAAUAAUUCACGCGCGUGAAUAUUCGCGCGCGCGAUUGUCGAUCACGCACUCCAGUCACGCAGCUGUCGCCACGAAGUCAACUUCUGCGUGAAACGCAUUGCGGGAUUUCAUUUAUUUUAAUAUAUUAUUUAAUUAUUAUUUAAUAUAAUAUUAUUGUAUUAUAUGUUUUAUUUGAUUUUAUCAAUAUCAAGUCAAAUCAAACGGCAGGUAGAAGUAAGUAAGAAUAAUUUUCAAAUAUAAGCUGCUAUAUAAAUAACAAAUAAUUUUUUUUUUGUAAAUUAUUACAAUUUUCAAUGUUUUUUUUUAAAUUAGUUUUGGUGAACUAUGGAGUCGAGGGCAUUUAAUGUUAUGGAUGACGAAAAACUCAUAGAAGUUGUUCGUAAUUAUCCUGUAAUUUAUAAAUUGAGUGACAAAAAUUAUAAGGAUAAUUGCAUUAAAGAUAAUGUUUGGAAAGAAAUUUCACAGUCUAUUGGAAAAAACGUAAAUGAUUGUAAGACAAGAUGGCGCACAAUAAGAGAUUCAUAUAAAAAAAAUUUAAAGAAACGAAGAUUAGGUACCGGUUCAGCAGCUACAACAAAAUCGAAGUACAAUGACGAUUCAUUAAGUUUUUUAGAUAACAUCGAAAACGAAAGAAGAACUACAUCGAACAUUUCAGUAGAAAAAAAAGCCUGCAAUGACAACACAAACUACUCAGAAAUGGCCGUAAAUGAUAGUUUUGACCAAACUGAAGAAAUCGAGCCAGAGAAGGAACUGUUACUUAAAAGUUCUGAACCAUUAUUAGAUAUGCCCAUUGAUGACAAACUACCAAAUACAGAAAUAAACCAUAGUUUGAUAGAUUCAUUUACAAAACCGUGCGAAAAAAAAACAACACGAAGAGCUCAAGAUAAAAUAUUAGAUGAAAUUAAAAAAGGACGAGAGGAGCGAUUGGCAGCGUUAAGAGAAAUGAAACAACAAGAAUCUAUUGAUCCAAUUCAAACUUUUUUUAAAAGUAUGGCGUCAACGGUUUCAAUGUUUCCUCCAGAAUCAGUUGUGGAAGCCAAAAUGAGGAUAUUUAACAUUGUUUCCGAAAUGGAAUUACGCUUAUUAAAAACAAAGGCUACCACGAGUACACCACCUGUAGAAACAAUGACAUCAACAUCAACAUUUUCAUCGAAUCUGCAAGUUCCUACAAUACUUGCCGAUGAAUCUUCGUGUUCCACUACGAUGUCAAGUGUUUCGGACAUUUCAAAUCCUACUCCAUCUGCGAAGUCCAAUUUUUCUUAUUUAAAAUAUCUCGAAGAAUAUUAAUUUUUUUAUUUUUAUUAAGCAAGUUUAACAUUUUUCAUGCACAGUUUUAUUUUAUUUUAUUUUGAAAAAAAAUUAUUUUUUGAUAUUUUAUAGUUUGAAAAUUACCAGAUUGGUACGAAGUUAGUAUAUAUAUUAUUUUAUUUUAUUAAAAUGAAAUCUCCAUAUAACAUUGGUGUAAAUUUAAAUAUUUAUUAUUUUUUGUUGCUUUAUUUUAAUUACUAUUAACGCUCAGUGGUUAGGACUUAGGUUAGAUAUAUUCCAAGUUCUAAAUAAAUAAUAUGUAUGUAUUUUUUAAAUGAAUCAUUCUAUCAAUAUCAGAAUAAUAUAAUUGAAAUGGAAAAUUACCCAAAUAUUUAUUGUCCCUUUCUUAUUUUGAUAAAUAUACCUAUAGUACAAUAAUUUUACUUACCUUAGAG